AGCACCCGCCUGGACUCUCCAUGCUAGUAUCUGCUUGGGCACAACUUCAAGUUCAAGCCGAAGACGGCCUUCACUACUCACCAGCUUGACUCACCUCACUUCGACCUCGAGAAUCCAACCGCUUCGAGAACAGACAAGACGUCCGGCGACAGAGCCUCACCGUGCAGUGCAAGAGGAUUCGAUUUCACAGAAAUCUCACCCAGAAUGGCGCCUACCUCUAACGCCCACACUCGCUCUCACAGCAUUCUGCUGUUGCAAAAACUCUUGAAUCUGCGCGACGGCGCAAGCCCGCUCACCCUCGUCAUCGACAGCCUCGAGCAACCCGCGCAACCUGUACUGAGCGAGUUUAUCUCACGGGCAAAGAUCGCCAAGACGUCGGUGAUAUUCCUCUCGUUUGUGACGCUCAAGAAACCCAGAGAUGUCGACGUCUUCGUCAAAGCCGCGGGCAAAGACUUGAAUUCCGUUAGACGAGACUUGGUCGCCCAUUAUCCCGCAUUUAAACCUUUGGCCGCAAAAGAGAAACCUACACAGAGAGCUAUUGUUAUCAUCGACUCCCUCAACGCCCUGGCCUCUACCGCCCCGGAGUCGCUCGCAAGCUUUCUCUCUAGCAUCAUCACGCCAGCCGUCUCCAUCGUGGGCACAUACCACGACGACGUUCCCAUCGUACUCCCCAAGUCCUUCAGCGAGUACGAGCCUCACCCGUUCACCAUCUUGUGCCACCUCGCGACGGCCAUCUUGAGGCUUUCCAGCCUGUACCAGGAAAUCGAGCGGCAAAAGGCCCGCAACAGGAGUAUCCAGGAGCCGGAAUGGGGACUAGGCGAGGAUCGCGAGGGUGUGCUCGUUGGGUUGAAGGGGCGAGGGAGGGACAAGAGCGACGCAAGUGACGGGGUGGUGAUGCACAUGGAACUACGACGACGCAGUGGCAGAACAGUGGCCGAGAAGUUCAUCCUCAGUCGAAAGGAGGCUUCUGCAUCACCGACGUCGUUGACCCCUGGUAAAGUCUGCCUGCUCGCGGACCACCCGAUGCUGGGGGCGCCGGCAGACGGCGAAACGGGCGAAGGCGAAGAGGAGCCCGAAAGCACCUUCAACCUCGGGCUGACGGAGAAGCAAAGAAAGGACCGAGAGGGAAUAGUGCUGCCUUACUUCGAUGCGCAGACAGAUAUCGGUGCAGGUGAAGGAGGAAGGAUAUUGUACGAGAUGGGGCGGGAGGACGACUUUGAUGACGAGGAAGACGAGAUAUGACCGAUUGACGAGAUGAGACCUGCCUUGUUCACGAAGGCCUUGCCAUUCGGCUGGUCAGUUCACAAAGAAGAGUGUACGGCUGGAUGGAUCCAUGCAAGGGAGCUCGAUGACAUUGUCCUACUUCUUUCGAGUCACCCUGUGUGUGCCCUGGGAAUCUGGGUAGGGAGACUCAUUCCAAGGAGAAUACAGCGCCCCUUCUGCCACGUCACCACAAAUUCUGCAAAAGACAAUGUCGAAAAAAAGGCAUUGCUAGAGAACACUGUCUGGAAAAUUACAUCUUUG